AUGACAAAUAAAAAUUUUAGUGAAAUUUUUUCAUACUGGGGUGAAAAAGAAAGAGCUCUUUCUCAAAGACCAGCAAGGUUUAAAAGACCAGCAAAAGUAGCACCCAAACCAAAUCCAACUCAACAGCCUACAGCAACAACAACAACAACAGUAGUUGAUGAAGCCUCAAAACAACAACAACCAAUAAAAAGUGAGGGAGAAGAAAAUAAAUUAGUAAAUGAAAUAAAUUCACCAACUAAUGCUCCAACAACAACAACAACAACAACUACAACAACAAAUACAAAUACAACAGUCGCUAACACUGAAGUUGAAAAUGAUCAAAAUAAAUCAGAGAAUGUAGUAGAGACAACAACCACAACAACAAAUUCACAAACUCCAAUUAAAUCAUCAUAUGAAAAUGAAGAUGAAUCUACUCCAAGUAAAUCAGGAUAUGAAAAUUCAAAUGAUGAAAAGUCAAAAUCUACAACAAAUCAAAAUGAAGAAUUAACAGGAAGAAAUAAUUUAACAUCAUCAUUUUCAUCAACAGCUUCAAGAUAUGAUAAUGCACCAUUAGUGUCUGGUGAUGUUGAAAAUAACAACAAUAAUUCAUAUAAUGCUUUUUCACAAUAUAGUGAACAAGGUGGUAAUAAUAAUAAUAAUAAUAAUAAUAAUAAUAGUUAUAGUCAAUAUGGUGGUAAUAUGGUUGCUGGUGGUAAUUAUAGUCAAUAUGGUGGUAGUUUAGUUGGUGGUGGUUCAAGUAAUUAUAAUAUUUCAAGUUAUGGUGGCUCAUCAAGUUAUAGUGCUUACAAUGCUAAUGGAAAUGAUGAACCAUAUAGUGAAGAUGAAGAAGACGAAGAUUAUGAACAAUCUGAUUUAACUACAAGUAGUGGUAAUGAAAAGAAGAAAAGAGCAUAUAGUGAACGUGAUAUUAGUGAAAGUGAUUUAUUAUUAUUAGAAUCAUUAGUUCAAUCUAAAUCAAAAAUAGGUGAAUUUGAAGAAGAUGAAGAUGACAAAGAUGAUGAUGAUACUUGUGGAACAUCAUCAAGACCAAAAUUAACAUUAAGUGGAUAUGAAGAAGAGAAUAAUUUUAAUUCAAAUCCAUAUAUUAGUAGUAAUAAUGCAUUUAUAUCGUCUUAUUCACAUCCAAAAUUCCUUACUGAUAAAGCUUUAUCAGAAAGUAGUGGUAGUGGUAGAACAAUUACUCAAUCAUCAGCAAGUUCAUUAAGUACAAAAAAAAUGGAAAGUAUUUCAUUAUAUUCAUGGAAUUCAGAAUUUCAAAGAUUAUUAGAAAUGGAUGAUUGUUUAGAGAAAUUUGAAAGACUUAGUUCAUUAGAGCACGAUUUUGUUUAUGCAGCUGAAAGUUAUGGUAGAAUUAUUAUCUCUGAGAAUUUCUUAUCAAAUGAAUUGAAAACAAUUAAACCAGUUAGUGUCGGAGGUAUUGCUGGUGGUGAAAAGUAUAUCGUUCAAGGUAUAUUAUUCAAAUUUGCAUUGGAGAGUGAAACAUUUGGAUUAUAUGGUAAUGACGAGAAUGCAAUGAAAACAGCAGCACAUGAGUUAAAUGGUUGUACAUCAUUUUUAAACUGUGGUGUCAAAGGUUUACAUGUACCAUUGAUGGCAUUUAUCGAUUAUAGAGGCUUCCGGUUGAUGGCAAUGUCAUUAUUACCAAUUUCAAAGAAAAGUUUAAUUUAUGGUAGUUGUGACGCUGGUCAAACUGUACACACAAGUAAUAAUAUUUUCAAUAAUCUCUUUUCAAAUGCUGCCAAAAUUGUAAAUUUAAAGCCACAUUUUGUUCAAGAUAUCAGUGGUGAUAUUAAAUCAAUCAGUGGGCCAAUUGAUAUUGAGGGUCAUUUAGGAAGUGAUAAUCGUUUCUAUUUAUUAGAUUUCGCAAGAUUAUCACCACCAGAACCACCAAAACAUCGUGGUUCAUAUCUUUAUAAACUAUUAAGACUAGAAUUGGUUAGAAAAUAUCAAAAACCAUUAUGUAGUGAUGCAUUUUCGCCAAUGUCAAGUAUUGAUAUUGAUAUGCAUAAUGUAGAAGUUCAAGAAGCAUAUGAUGAUUUAAUCAAUAAUAUCAUUCCAAAAUUCUCUAAAUUUAUUCAAACUAGAGAUGAAAUUUGUUUCCAAACAAAUUCAUCAGUUGAAAUUCUAAGACAAGCUAAUAAUAAAAUUAAAGAUAUUUCAAAGUUACUUCAUGCUGAAGGUAUUAAUGUUAGAUAUAUUGGUGAAGUUGCAAGUCAUUGUACAAGUAUUGGUUAUAAAAGAUUCUUUACAAUUGAAGCAAUAGUUAGAACACUUAAAAGUUUAGCAAGAGAAUUAUUAAGAAGAGAAAUGAAGAAAACUCAUUUACCAUCUGAUUAUCCAUAUAGAAAUUUAUUAUUAAAUUUCUUAAAUUUAAUAUUUGAUGAUUAUAAAGGUAAAACUGAAUUAUUUUGGUCAAAAAUUGUUUUUGAAAAGAUGGAAAAGAAAUUUCAAAAUAUUUUCGUCAAUAAAGCAACCCAUUUCGAAGAGAAAUUUAUAAAUCCUUUCGUUGAUUCCUAUAAAGAUAAAGAAUCAUUUAGUAGAUUCAAUUCAAUUCCAAAUGAUUUUGUUGAGGAUCCUCAAAAUUUCAAAUAUUCACCUCAAGAGUUGAUUAAAGAUUUAUUAUUAAGUCCAUAUACAAGAUCAAAGAUUUUAACUAAAUUCUGUAAAUCAAUUGGUCUUGUACUUAGCAAAGUUUCACUUGAACAAUUUUCAAAGUCAUCAUCAUUCGUAUUCGUUGAUCCAGAUAUCAAAGCAAUCAAUACAUUAGUUUCAAGAUUAAAUAUCAUUGAUUAUGCAGAUGGUAUGAGUUUAUAUUAUAAAUCAAUGGCAACUGGUUUAAAUAGUAAAAGUAAGAACAGACUAUUAACAAUUUCAAAGGAUCGUUUAGAGGAAUCAAUUCAUUCAAUGAGUACCAAUCAUAAUGCAAUGUUUCAAUUGGCAAAUGUUAUUCGUUUAUUAGCUAAAACCACUGAUAAUGAUAAUAUUAAAAGAGAACUAUUCACAUUGGCUGAAAAUACAGUUUCUCAAUUGGAACAAUUAAGAAUUGAUCAAAAUCUUUUAUUAAUUUCAAGAAUUCAAAGAAUUAAAAUUUCAUUAUCACAUUUAAGAAUUCAAUACUUCCAAGCAGAAAAAAUUGAAAAAAUUGAACAAAUCAUAAAGGAUACAAUAGAACUAUCACCAAAUAAAGCUUAUCCAAAUUAUCUUUUAGCAAAAUUCUAUUUCAUUUGUUCAAAAGGUAGUUCAGCAGAGUAUGACUAUUCAAAGAUUACCGAUGUUUAUGAUACGAUUUUCACAAUUGAUCCAAAUUAUCAAAAAGCUCAUAUUGGUAUUUCAAUAUUUUUAUUAAAAACUCAACAUCUUCAUAAACUAUUUUCACCUGAAAAAGUUUCUGAUCAUAUAGUAAAAGCAUUCAAAGUUGGUAAUAUUGAAUCAAUUGUAAACAAAAUUAAACCAUUAGUUGAUUUUAAUCCAUGGGUAGUUUUUGAAUCAUCAAGAUCAAUUCCAAAAGUUAGAUCAAUGGUAAAGAGUGCAUUAGAAUUAAAAGUUGAAAAAAAUAAUAAUAAACUUUUAAUUCCACAUGAUCUUCAUUUUGAAUUUAAUGAUCAAUAUUAUUUUGAAAAUAUUAAAUUAGAAAAGAUUUAUUUUGAUGAUCAUUCAAAUGCUAAAAAUAUUGAAGUUUUCUCAAAAAUUCAAUCAAAUUCACAAUCAAUUAUAAUUAGAUUUAGUAAAUUUAGUAAAAUUAAAGAAGAAGAAGAAGAAAAAGAGGAAGAAAAAGAAGAAGAAGAAGAAAAUAAUCAAGAAGAAAAAGAAGUAAAAGAAGAGGAAAAUAAUAAUAAUAAUGAAAAUGAAUUUAAAAUUUUUGAAAGUUUAAGUAAAUUUAGAAAUAUUAUAAAAUUAAAUUUAGGUUUUUCAAAAGGUGUUAAAGAUGAAAUGAUUGAAAAUUUAAUUACACCAAUAUUAAAGAAAUUAAAAUUAUAUGAAUUACCAGAUAUUACAGAUAAAACAGUUAAAUUAAUUUCAUCAACUUGUAAAGAAUUAGAAGUAUUGGAUUUAGGUGGUUGUAGUGGUAUUUUAGGAGAAGAUUUUAAUGAACUUUAUAAAGGUUGUCCAUCAAUUGCUAAAUUAGCAUUACCACCAUUCAUAGAGAAUGAUGGUGUUUCAGAGAUUUUAAAUGGUACUUUACCAUUGGUUAGAUUGGAUUUAAUUAAAUGUUCAAAAGUUACUCAUCAUUCAUACUCAAAAGCAUUAGAUAUUUGUAGUACACUCAAAAAAGUUAGAAAUCCAAUUGGUGUACCAAUGUUCUAUCUUGACCAACAAUAUAUUACAGCUCGUCAUGCUAAAGUAGCUCCAAAUGAACCAUGUUUAAGAUAUUCAGUUGGUGGUAUGGAAUUAUUCUAUUUGAAGAUUGGUCAUGGUAUAAUGGUUUCUUCAGGUAGAAAUUUUGAACUAUUUUAUAAUAAUAAGAAUCCAUUGGUAAGAUUUAGAAAUCCACCAAAUGCUUUACUCAAUUCUUCAGGUUUCUUUAAAGUUGCUCAUGUCAAUAUCAUUGAUAAACCAAUUACAAAAUUAACAGUUUACAAUGAUAUCACUAUGAAUGGAAAUUGGAGAACUAUUGAAUCCACUCAAACUUUACCAAUGUCAAGUUCACCAACUUUUGCAACUAAAAUCGAAUCUCAAGGUAUCUCUUAUCAAUUUAAAAAUAUCGCUCAAUCUGGUCUUCAAGGUAUUACUUUCACUUCAAAUGUUUCAAUUGGAUCAAAUUUAAAUGCUGUCUUAACCGUUUCAAAUGCAAAAACUAUGAGAUUAAGUGUUGAUGCUGAUAUUAAAACUAGUAAAAUCAUUUCUCCAUUUGCAAUUUUCUUUGCAAUUGCCACAGGUAUCCAAAAUUAA